GCAUGCUACUAUUGAUUGUCACCUAUAAGUUUGCAUAAUUCUAAUAGGGUUGCCAGCCACCACCUCAUCUUCACCAGUAGUACCAAACCCCACAUACAUCAAUCACAAACUAUCUUGGACCAUACAAAAGCUUCACAAGAAAUUUCUGAUCAUCAUCAUCAUCUCUCUUAUAUAUUCCUGUGUUAAUAAACACUAAUAUUCCUUUUACAUAAAGAUAUGCUCCUCACUUCUCAUCAGCUUCCUGGCCAUUUCGUUACAGCACCUGAAACUCUCUGCCUUAUAAGCAACAUUAACCUCGUCCUCUUCCGAUUGCUUUCUCUUCUUCUCCCUCGUUCCAAGGGCUAGAAUUCUUCAUCUAGAUCACAAAUCGAAAAGGAUAUUCGCUUAAUUAGAUCAUCCAUCUUAAGGGAUCGUCAUCAGUUUCAGGUUUUGAUCAAGGUAUUUGGUUUGGGAGAUGGGAUUGAGUACAAAGCAGGUUAGUAGUGAUGGCUUGGAUUGGAGCCAGACCUUGUUGCAAGCACAAAGCUUUGAGCUGCCAAAACCGCCUGUGGCGAGGCGGCAACAGCAACAAAGCCAGGAGCAAUCGGAGCAGUUGAAGUGUCCGAGGUGUGAAUCAACAAACACAAAGUUCUGUUACUACAACAACUACAACAAGACUCAGCCUAGGCACUUCUGCAGAGCUUGCAAGAGGCACUGGACCAACGGUGGAACACUCCGAAACGUCCCUGUUGGUGGCCAUGGUCGGAAAAACAAGCGCACCAGGAAACCGAACUCUAGUGCCUCCGCCGCCAAAACCACCACAAAUGGUGCUAGUACUAUUGCCACGACGACUAGGGUCAAUAAUACCAACUUGGUAUUUGAUCGAACCGACGGUGUGCAAAGGCUUAACAGCCACUUGGCAAUUGAUGGAGAGCAAAGGCUCAACUCGCAUACGGGAGUUCUUCUUCCUCAACAGAAUUUAAUCACCUCAAGUGAAUUGGACAACCAUAUAUUUUCAUCGUCAUCAGGUUUAAGUAGUACUACUAUGCCUUAUAAUUUUCUUCAAGCUGGUAGAGCCCAAGUACUGAGCUUUCCCUUCUCAAGCUCAAGUACUUCAAGUUCCUUUGACGCAAUUUCAACAUCUUUUCAAUCCCCAAAUGUUUGCAACUACCCCCAAGAAUUCAAAUCCAUGGAGGAGCCAACCAUCACCAGCAUCAUGCCCUCAACAACCAUCACAAUCCCGCAGGCUAAUAAUUCAAGCGUCGGCAUGUACACAUCAAACGACUGGAAUUGGGAGGACAUUGAAACCCUUGUUUCUACUGAUCUCAAUGUGCCUUGGGAUGAUUCUGAUAUGAACCCAUAAAGGAAUAUUAUUUACUUAACCAUUUUAAUUAGUUAGUGGGUAUCUAUAGAGGUUAAUUUUUCUCUUUGAAUUGGGUUGGGUGUGUAUCAAACAGUCUCUUUCUAUGUCAUUGUCAAUUAUGUAUUUUGUGCUAUGAUCUUGAUCUUCAGGUGAUCAUGAUUUUCUGGUACUUCAUUUAUUUCACUCUCUCAAUCUUGUAAUUUCUACACAGAGAGAUGUAGACUGUUUGAAGCUGACUUUUUGAAGCUUCAGCUUCAAGGCUACUAAUUAAGAUUUGUCCAUUUUGUAA